AGAGAAUCUGUGACAUCCAGUUCCUGGAGACAGCUAAGGAAGGAAGGAGGGGUGCCUGUUUCUGCCCAAAGCCAGGGUUUGUCUACACAGUUCCUUUCCUGGCUCCCAUAGGCUAAGUGCUUGGCUUCUUGAGAAGCCUGCUUCUUGAGAACAAAAAAAAAGUGAUUUAAAGCCUCAUGGGAGAUGAGCAAUCCUCAAGACACACAGAAAAAGUCCCAGUGAUACAGGAAGCGGUUCAGGAACCUGUUGGUUCCUUAUACAUAAAUUAGACAGCAGAGGCGCACUGCAUGACACAAAGCUCGCUUCUGCCUGCCGUCUGUCAGCAGCUGUCAGGCUCUGGCCAGGACCCCUUUUUUCUCCUCACUGGCUGAUGGAUCCCAAGAGACUCUUCUUGACCUUCGUGCUAUUUCUCUCCCUGGCUUUUGAGCCAAGCUACGGAACAGGGGGGCGCAUGAUGAACUGCCCAAAGAUUGUCCAGCAGUUGGGAAGUGAUGUGCUGCUGCCCCUGACGCAUGAAAGGAUAAAUACGAGCACGAACAAAAGCAUCCACAUUGUCGUCACAAUGGCAAAAUCACUGGAGAACAGUGUCGAGAACAAAAUAGUGUCUCUUGAUCCAUCCGAAGCAGGCCCUCCACGUUACCUAAAAGACCGCUACAGGUUUUAUCUGGAGAACCUGAGCCUGGCUAUCCGGGAAAGCACGAAGAAGGAUGAGGGGUGGUAUUUUAUGACCCUGGAGAAAAAUAUCUCAGUUCAGCGCUUCUGCCUGCAUUUGAAACUUUAUGAGCAGGUCUCCACUCCAGAAAUUAAAGUGUUAAACAAGACCCAGGAGAACGGGACGUGCACCUUGAUACUGGGCUGCAUAGUGAAGAAGGGGGACCAUGUGGCUUACAGCUGGAGUGAAAAGGCUGGCACCCAACCACUGAGCCCAGCCAACAGCUCCCACCUCCUGUCCCUCACCCUCGGACCCCAGCAUGCUAAAAAUAUCUACGUCUGCACUGUGAGCAACCCCAUCAGCAACAGUUCCCAGGACUUCAUUCCAUGGCUCAGAUGCAGGCAAGAACCCUCAGAGACAAAUAUAUGGCCAGUGUAUCUUUGGUUGUCCGUAGCGGGGGUCAUCAUUAUCCUCAUCGUGAUUGCAAUAGUGCUGCUGAGAAGAAGAGGUAAAACGGACCAUUACCAGACAACAACGGAAAAAAAAAACCUUACGAUCUAUGCCCAAGUCCAGAAACCAGGUACUCUUCAGAAGAAACUUGACUCCUUCCCAGCUCAGGACCCUUGCACCACCAUUUAUGUUGCUGCCACAGAGCCUGUCCCAGAGUCUGUCCAGGAAACAAGUUCCAUCACAGUCUAUGCUAGUGUGACACUUCCAGAGAGCUGACAUCAACGACCCAACAAAGGGACUUUCUGAAAUGGAAAAACCAAAACAAACACUGAACUUGGCCCCGGGCCUCUGGCAGACACGCUACACAUAUCUGGAUUGAUUGGCCAAUCCUUCUUGGAUCAAUUACCUGGUGAUGUUUCUUCCACAUGCAUCUGUGAAAUGAACAAGGAAGUGAGGCUUCCCAAGAAUUUAGCUUGCUCUGCAGUGGCUGCAGGCGCAGAACAGCUUUGCAUCCUUGUGUUGUGGCAGAUGAAAUGGGUAGUGAUGUGAGUUCAGACUUUGGACAUCUUGCUCUUGGCUGGCAUUGGAUAAUAAAAACCAAAGACUGAAAGCCAUCUGAGUACCUAUCUCAGACAGUGGACCCCCAGUCACAAAGUCUGGAAAAGUUUACAUUUUGGCUGCCUUUACUUUGUUCUGGGGGCUGAUCAUGAUCACUUGCAGCCCUGAUCAAGCCUCUGCGCCUCAGUUUCUCUCUCAGGAUAAAGAGUGAAGAGAGGAUGAAGGGUGAAUUUCUUAUUAUAUGUAUAAACACUCUGAUAUUAUUGUAUAAAAGAAGCUAAGAAUAUCAUUAUUUUAUUUGCAAAAUCCAGAAGCUAAACAGUCAAUAAACAGAAAGAAUGAUUUU